AUGCAAAAUCGACAGAUUCUCAUUGGACUGGACUACUACUAUGAUCUACUUACGGUUCCAGGGAAUGGAAUCCGAACACCAUGUGGUUUGCAUAUAGCAAAAACGGUUUUUGGACGUGCUAUUUAUGGUCGAGGAAUCAGCAAAGCAAGUGACGCCGCCAACACACCACCGACAGCCCGAACAGCCACCCCACCAACAACGCCAGCCAGCUCUCCAAAAGCACCAGCCGAUCAUUGCCAUGUCGUCAUCACGCCACCGAAAUCGCUCGUCGAGGAAAAGAAGAAAAUUCAAACCCUUGUGAUAAAAGAUGAUUGA